GGCCCCACCGCCCCCUUCCCGGCCCGCUCGCCCCGCGGGGCGGUGGGGCAUGGCCUGAGGGUCCCCCGGCUCCGGGGGAGGGGGGUGGGGGGAGGGGGGAGGGGCUGCGGGCGCCGCCGACCGGGACUCAGCAGCCCCGCCAGGCAGCGACCUGUGAUGCUGCCGUCCCCCAUCGCCCCGUGGCCCCACGAUGACCCACAGCCCCGCCUCGAGCGAGGACGAGGAACGCCGCAGCGCCAGCGAGUGCCCCGAGGGCGGCUCGGAGUCCGACAGCUCCCCCGACGGGCCCGGGACAGGCCCCCAGGGGACCCGGGGCCGGGGCAGCGGCGGGGCGCCUGGCAGCCUGGCCUCGGCCGGAGGCCUCCAGGGCCGCUCCAUGUCCUCCCUGGACGACGCCCACUUCAGCAUGAUGGUCUUCAGGAUCGGCAUCCCCGACCUGCACCAGACAAAAUGCCUGCGCUUCAACCCUGACGCCACCAUCUGGACGGCCAAGCAGCAGGUGCUGUGCGCCCUGAGCGAGAGCCUGCAGGACGUGCUCAACUACGGCCUCUUCCAGCCUGCCGCCUCCGGCCGGGACGCCAACUUCCUGGAGGAGGAGCGGCUGCUGCGGGAGUACCCCCAGUCCUUCGAGAAGGGGGUGCCCUACCUGGAGUUCCGGUACAAGACCCGAGUGUACAAACAGACCAACCUGGACGAGAAGCAGCUGGCCAAGCUGCACACCAAGACCGGCCUGAAGAAGUUCCUGGAGUACGUGCAGCUCGGGACGUCGGACAAGGUGGCGCGGCUGCUGGACAAGGGGCUGGACCCCAACUACCAUGACUCGGAUUCGGGAGAGACCCCCCUGACGCUGGCUGCCCAGACGGAAGGCUCCGUAGACGUGAUUCGAACCCUGUGCCUGGGCGGGGCCCACAUCGACUUCCGGGCCCGCGACGGCAUGACGGCUCUGCACAAGGCCGCGUGUGCCCGGCACUGCCUGGCGCUCACGGCGCUCCUGGACCUCGGGGGCUCCCCCAACUACAAGGACCGCCGGGGGCUCACCCCGCUGUUCCACACGGCCAUGGUGGGGGGCGACCCCCGCUGCUGCGAGCUGCUGCUGUACAACCGGGCGCAGCUGGGCGUGGCCGACGAGAACGGCUGGCAGGAGAUCCACCAGGCCUGCCAGCGGGGCCACUCGCAGCACCUGGAGCACCUGCUCUUCUACGGGGCGGAGCCCGGAGCCCAGAACGCCUCAGGGAACACCGCCCUGCACAUCUGCGCCCUCUACAACAAGGAGUCCUGUGCCAGGAUCCUCCUCUACCGAGGGGCCAGCAAGGACGUGAAGAACAACAACGGACAGACGGCCUUCCAGGUGGCGGUGAUCGCCGGGAACUUUGAACUGGGGGAGCUGAUUCGAAACCAUCGGGAGCAGGACGUGGUGCCCUUCCAGGAGUCCCCCAAGUACGCGGCCCGGCGGCGGGGGCCCCCGAGCGCGGGGCUGACGGUGCCGCCCGCGCUGCUGCGCGCCAACAGCGACACCAGCAUGGCCCUGCCCGACUGGAUGGUGUUCGCCGCCCCGGGCGCCUCGUCCUCCGCGGCCCCCGCGCCCGCGCCCGCGGCCCAGGCCCAGGCCCAGCCCGCCGCCCCCGGCGCCAAGCUCAGCACCGGGACCCUCCGCAGCGCCAGCAGCCCCCGGGGCGCCCGGGCGCGCUCCCCGUCCCGCGGGCGGCACCCCGAGGAGGCCAAGCGGCAGCCCCGUGGCCGGCCCAGCUCCAGCGGGACGCCCCGGGAGCCGGCCGGCGGCACCGGGGGCUCCGCGGGCCCCGGGGGCUCGCUGGGCAGCCGCGGGCGGCGCCGGAAGCUCUACUCGGCGGUGCCCGGGCGCUCCUUCAUGGCGGUGAAGUCCUACCAGGCCCAGGCCGAGGGCGAGAUCUCCCUGAGCAAGGGCGAGAAGAUCAAAGUGCUGAGCAUCGGGGAAGGAGGCUUCUGGGAAGGCCAGGUCAAAGGUCGCGUCGGCUGGUUCCCCUCCGACUGCCUGGAGGAGGUGGCAAACCGCUCCCAGGAGGGAAAGCAAGAAAGCCGCAGCGACAAGGCGAAGAGGCUGUUCCGGCAUUACACGGUGGGCUCCUACGACAGCUUCGACGCCCCAAGCUUGAUGGAUGGGAUUGGCCCAGGGAGCGAUUACAUCAUCAAGGAGAAGACGGUCCUGCUGCAGAAGAAGGACAGCGAGGGGUUUGGGUUCGUGCUCCGGGGGGCCAAGGCGCAGACCCCCAUCGAGGAGUUCACCCCCACCCCGGCCUUCCCGGCCCUGCAGUACCUGGAGUCGGUGGACGAGGGCGGCGUGGCAUGGCGCGCGGGACUGCGCAUGGGCGACUUCCUCAUCGAGGUGAACGGGCAGAACGUGGUGAAGGUGGGCCACCGCCAGGUGGUGAACAUGAUCCGCCAGGGCGGCAACACGCUGAUGGUGAAGGUGGUGAUGGUGACCCGGCACCCGGACAUGGAGGAGGCCGCCCACAAGAAAGCACCCCAGCAGGCUAAGCGGCUCCCGCCCCCAGCCAUCUCCCUGCGUUCCAAGUCCAUGACCUCAGAGCUGGAGGAGAUGGUCUCCCCCUGGAAGAAGAAGAGUGAGUACCAGCAGCAGCCGGCGGCGCCCCUGCCCAGCAUGGAGAAGAAGCGGACCGUGUACCAGAUGGCGCUCAACAAACUGGACGAAAUCCUGGCGGCGGCUCAGCAGACCAUCAGCGCCAGCGAGAGCCCGGGGCCCGGGGGCCUGGCCUCCCUGGGCAAGCACCGGCCCAAAGGCUUCUUCGCCACCGAGUCGAGCUUCGAUCCCCACCACCGCUCGCAGCCGAGCUAUGAACGGCCUUCCUACCUGCCUGCAGGACCUGGGCUUAUGCUCCGGCAAAAAUCUAUUGGGGCUGCGGAGGACGACAGGCCUUACCUAGCGCCCCCGAGCAUGAAGUUCAGCCGCAGCCUGUCCGUGCCCGGCUCGGAGGACAUCCCCCCGCCCCCCACCACGUCCCCGCCCGAGCCCCCCUACAGCACGCCGCCCGCCCCCUCCAUCUCGGGCCGCCUCACGCCCUCCCCCCGCUUCAACCCCAGCUCCGGCGGCGCCCUCCCCGCCUCCUCCCCGGCCUCCUUCGACGGGCCCUCGCCUCCGGACACCCGCCUGGGCGGCCGGGGGGAGAAGGGCCUGUACCACGGCGCGGCCCUGCCCCCCGCCCUGCACCACCCGCCGCACCACCACCACCACCACGCGCCGCCGCCGCAGCCGCACCACCACCACGCGCACCCCCCGCACCCGCCCGAGAUGGAGACGGGCGGCUCCCCCGACGACCCCCCGCCCCGCCUGGCCCUGGGGCCGCAGCCGAGCCUGCGCGGCUGGCGGGGCGGCGGGCCCAGCCCCACGCCGGGCGCCGCGUCCCCGUCGCACCACGGCGGCGGCGCGGGCGGCGCGGGCGGCCCCUCGCAGGCCCCGGCGCUGCGCUACUUCCAGCUGCCGCCGCGCGCCGCCAGCGCCGCCAUGUACGUGCCCGCGCGCUCGGGCCGCGGCCGCAAGGGCCCGCUGGUCAAGCAGACCAAGGUGGAGGGCGAGCCGCACAAGGGCGGCCUCCCGCCCGCGCCCUCGCCCGCGCCCGCCUCGCCCGCGUCCCCGCAGCCGCCGCCGCCGCCCGCCGCGGCCGCCGCGUCGUCGGAGAAGAACUCCAUCCCCAUCCCCACCAUCAUCAUCAAGGCGCCGUCCACCAGCAGCAGCGGCCGCAGCAGCCAGGGCAGCAGCACCGAGGCCGAGCCGCCGCCGCCGCCGCCGCAGCAGCAGCAGCAGCAGCAGCCGCAGGCGCAGCAGCCGGGCCCCGAGGGCGCGGGCGGCUCCUCCUCCUCCGCGCCCGGCGGCUCCCCCGCGCCGCCCGCGCCGCCGUCCCCGACGCCCGCGCCCGCGCCCGCCUCGCCCAGCGGCCCGGCCACCCUGGACUUCACCAGCCAGUUCGGGGCGGCCCUGGUGGGGGCGGCGCGGCGCGAGGGCGGCUGGCAGAGCGAGGCCCGCCGGCGCUCCACGCUCUUCCUCUCCACCGACGCGGGCGACGAGGAGGGCGGCGGCGACGGCGCGCUGGGCUCGGGCGCGCCCCCGGGCCCGCGGCUGCGCCACUCCAAGUCCAUCGACGAGGGCAUGUUCUCCGCCGAGCCCUACCUCCGCCUGGAGGCCGGCGGCGGCGGCGGCGGCUACGGGGGCUACGGCGCCGCCGGCCGCGCCUACGGGAGCAGCGGGGGCAGCAGCGCCUUCACCAGCUUCCUGCCGCCGCCGCGGCCCCUGGUGCACCCGCUCACCGGCAAGGCCCUGGACCCCUCCUCCCCGCUCGGCCUGGCGCUGGCGGCCCGCGAGAGGGCGCUCAAGGAGUCGUCGGAGGGCGGGGGCGCCCCGCAGCCGCCCGCCCGGCCGCCGUCGCCCCGCUACGAGGUCCCGCCGCCCGCCACCCCGCACCACCACCACUCGCCCCUCGCCCACCACCACCACGAGCCGGUGCUGCGCCUCUGGGGCGCCGCCCCCCCGGACCCCGCGCGCCGGGAGCUGGGGUACCGGGCGGGGCUGGGCGGCCCCGAGAAGCCGCUCACGGCCAGCCCGCCCGCCGCGCGGCGCUCGCUGCUGCACCGCCUGCCGCCCACGGCGUCGGGGGUCGGGCCGCUCCUCCUGCAGCUGGGCCCGGAGCCCCCCGCGCCGCUCCCCGGCGGCGUGAGCAAGGCCUGGCGGGCCGGGGCCGCCGACGAGCCCGAGCGGCUGCCCUUGCACGUGCGGUUCCUGGAGAACUGCCAGCCGCGGGCCGGGGGCGCGGGGGGCCGGGGUCCCCCCGCGGAGGACGGCCCGGGGGUGAUCGCCGCGCCGCCCAGCCCGCGCCGCUCCGUGGCCCCGGCCUCGCCCACCUCCCCGCGCGGCGGCGGCGGCGGCGGCGGCGAGGAGAACGGGCUCCCCCUGCUGGUCCUGCCGCCGCCCGCCCCCUCCGUGGACGUGGAGGACGGCGAGUUCCUGUUCGCCGAGCCGCUGCCGCCGCCGCUGGAGUUCUCCAACAGCUUCGAGAAGCCCGAGUCGCCGCUCACGCCGGGGCCCCCGCACCCCCUGCCGGACCCCCCGACCCCGACCACCCCGCUGCCCCCCGCCGCCGCCGCCGCGGCCCCCGGCGCCGCCGCCCCGCCCACCCUGGACUCCACCGCCUCCAGCCUCACCUCCUACGACAGCGAGGUGGCCACGCUGACCCAGGGCGCGCCCGCGGCCCCGGGGGACACCCCCGCGCCCGGCCCGCCGGCCCCAGCCGCCGCCCCGGCCGCCCCCGCGCCCCAGCCCGGCCCGGACCCCCCGCCCGGCACGGACUCCGGCAUCGAGGAGGUGGACAGCCGGAGCAGCAGCGACCACCCGCUGGAGACCAUCAGCAGCGCGUCCACGCUCAGCAGCCUGUCGGCCGAGGGCGGCGGCAGCGCGGGCGGCGGCGGGGGCCCUGGGACCGGGGUGGCCGCCGGGCCGGAGCUGCUGGACACCUACGUGGCCUACCUGGACGGCCAGGCCUUCGGGGGCAGCGGCCCCUCCGGCCCCCCGUACCCCAUGACUCCGUCUAAGCUCCGCGGCAGCCGGGCCCUGGGGGCCGGCGGCGGGGGCCUGCGCUCCAGCCCCGGCGGGGGCCUCCGCGACCCCGUCACCCCCACGAGCCCCACCGUCUCCGUGACCGGGGCCGGGACGGACGGGCUGUUGGCCCUGAGCGGCUGUUCGGGACCCUCGGCGGCGGGUGUGACGGGGGGUCCGGUGGCUGUGGAGCCGGACGGGCCGCCGGUGGUGCCCCUGUCGUCGUCCGCGUCGUCCCUGCCGCGGAAGCUGCUGCCCUGGGAGGAGGGCCCCGGCCCGCCGCCGCCGCCGCUGCCCGGGCCCCUGGCCCCCGCGCAGGCCUCCGCCCUGGCCACCGUGAAAGCCAGCAUCAUCAGCGAACUCAGCUCCAAGCUCCAGCAGUUCGGGGGCUCGUCCUCCUCGGCGGCGGGGGGCGCCCUGCCCUGGGCCCGGGCCGGCAGCGGCGGGAGCACGGACAGCCACCACGGGGGAGCUAGCUACGUCCCCGAGAGGACCUCCUCCCUGCAGCGGCAGAGACUGUCCGAAGACUCCCAGUCCUCCCUCCUCACCAAACCCGUGAGCAGCCUGUUUCAGAACUGGCCCAAAACGCCCCUGCCGCCGCUGCCCACGGGGACCGGAGUCCCCUCCGCCGCCGCCGCGGCCCCGGGGGCCACCUCGCCCUCGGCCGCCUCCUCCGCGUCCACCCGCCACCUCCAGGGCGUGGAGUUCGAGAUGCGGCCGCCCCUGCUCCGCCGGGCGCCCAGCCCCUCGCUCCUGCCCGCGUCGGAGCACAAGGUCAGCCCUGCGCCCCGGCCCUCGUCCCUGCCCAUCCUGCCUUCCGGACCCCUCUACCCGGGCCUCUUUGACAUCCGAAGCUCUCCCACGGGAGGGGCCGGAGGCUCGGCCGACCCCUUCGCCCCGGUCUUCGUGCCACCGCACCCCGGGAUGUCCGGGGGCCUCGGGGGAGCCCUGUCCGGGGCCUCCCGCUCCCUCUCGCCGACCCGCCUGCUUUCGCUGCCCCCGGACAAGCCUUUCGGCGCCAAGCCCCUGGGCUUUUGGACCAAGUUCGACGUGGCCGACUGGCUCGAGUGGCUGGGCCUGGCCGAGCACCGGGCCCGCUUCCUGGACCACGAGAUCGACGGCUCCCACCUGCCCGCCCUGACCAAGGAGGACUACGUGGACCUGGGCGUGACCCGCGUGGGCCACCGCAUGAACAUCGACCGGGCUCUCAAAUUCUUCCUGGAGAGGUGAUGGCUGGCCCGGACGGACCAGCCCGUCCGCGGAACGCUGGGGCUCGCCGGCCUCCGGACCUCUGACCCCUGACCGUUAUUCUCUCCCCGGGCCAGGGGCCUUGCUACAACUGUGCCCUGCCCCCAUCUCCCGAGGCUGGAGGUCACCGGGUGGCCUGAUUCCAGCCAGACAUUUGCACCUCGCCGGAGGGGGCAGCUAACGGGACUGUGUGUGCAGCUGGGAGCCGAGGGGGCGGGCACGGAAGAGACCGGAGGGGGAAGGAGGAGGAGGGAAGGGUCGAUUCCGGGGAGGGGGGACCGACAGCCAUAGAGGGCCAGCCCCGAGCCUGACUGGGUGGGGGGGAGGGUCGUCCCCCAGGCCGCAGGGGAAGGGGGUGCCCUCAGAUUCCACCACCUGCCACCCCUCCAACAACCAAUCCUUCCCCCCUUCUCCAGGCCCCUCCGUUCUCCCCGCCUUCCCCUCCCUCAGCACACACAGCGGCCCCCCCCACCCAGCCUCUUGCACGCCCCUUUGCACGCCUGCUUGCCUCUCCCCGCUCCCUCGGCUACAAUUUUGCACAAAUUUGCCCCCUCGCCGUCUUGCACACGCCGCCGCCUUUGCUUCUGGCCUGCGAGGCCUCAGCUCUGCUCCCCUCGCGCUCAUC